ACAAAGGGCGAGAGAGGGGCGUGGGGGCCUGGGAGCGUCGCGGCCGCGCCUGGUCAGACGACGCCCGCCCGGCAGCCCGCUGGGGAGUGAGGACAAGCAGCUAAACUUGGGGCUCGGGAUAUUUCCCUGCCACCCAGACCGCCGUCCUACCCCAAGCUGGCAGGGAAAGAGGAGCGGAGUGCGUGCGCCAGCGGAGUGCUUACGUCGCAGCGAGAUCUGUGCUGGGAUAAUUAGAGAGGAGUUGGGCUGAGCCGAGUCCUCUUUUAGCAGCAGCAGCAGCAGCCGGAGCCGCCGCAGCAGCCCGGUGGGGCGCGCGAGGCUCGGGCCGCUCGGGAGCGCACGGGGACAGGCCCGCGCCGCGCAGCAGCCGCCCGCCGCGCCCACCGCCCAGGCGGCGCACAAAGGAGGAGCGGCCCGCGUGGCCUCCUACAGCCAGGCAGUAGGGUCCCGCCGCCUCCCUUUUCUCCCGAAGGCGAAAAUGGCAGGGCCAAGCGGGGACCUGGAACCGCGGUGGCCCUAGCUCUGCGGUCCCCACCCCUCCUGCUGGGAGAGGCAGUGGGCUGCCUGCGGACGAUGUGGCCGCAGCUGCUCCCGAGUGCAUCUUGGGCCCCGGUCCCCGCUGCCGCCCCUCUUCUCUGCUCGUUCCAUCCCUCCGAGAGGAGUUGAUGCUGCUGUCGCCGCGGUCGCCGUCGCCGCUGAAGCCGGGGCUGAUGGAUGCCAGGGAGUGCCGCAUUGCUUAGCGUCCCCGCCUCCGGGUUUGCUGAUGCUCUCUCCCCGCCCUGGCGCUGGGCGCUGAAGAACCACCUUAUUAUUAAUCAGAAUUUCCAUCGCGAUCCCUGGCAGGCGCAUCCCUCAGUAGAGACCGCAGAAGCAGCACAGUGCCGGGGCUGAGAUGUGCGUGGGGGUUGUUUUUGUUACAUCUUGGAAGAGAAGAGAAGAGGACAGUACCAAGAUCAGAACCACUCGUGCUAGGUGGGAUUAGGGGUGUUUGGUGAGGAGACAGAAAGGACAAGAAGAGGAGGCCAGAGCCCCCCAGAGGUCCCCUUCCCUUUCAGCGAAAGAGAAGAGGGAACCAAAGUGAAGCGUUGUGUGUUGGGGGGUGGGAGAAGAAGUUUAUAUCCCCCCACAAUAAAGCGGUGGGAAAGCAGGAGCAACAGGGUCCUUGAUUGGAUACCAGGACAGAUCAUUUCCUGUACGGGAGAGGAAGCAGAGGGCAGCCGGGUCUGGGGGCCAAGAGUGUGGUGGUGGCCAGGGCCAGGUUUGUUGUGGAAGAGUCAACAAGAGCUUCAGAGGGGAAGGCUCAGGAGCCAGCAGAACAAUGACUCAUUUGCAAGCUGGUCUCUCUCCUGAGACGCUGGAGAAGGCUCGCCUGGAACUCAACGAGAACCCCGACACGCUGCACCAGGACAUCCAGGAGGUGAGGGACAUGGUCAUCACCAGGCCGGACAUCGGCUUUCUGCGCACAGAUGACGCCUUCAUCUUGCGCUUCUUGCGGGCCAGGAAGUUUCACCACUUCGAGGCCUUCCGCCUCCUGGCACAGUACUUUGAGUACCGGCAACAGAAUCUGGACAUGUUCAAAAGCUUCAAGGCCACUGACCCUGGCAUCAAACAGGCUCUGAAGGAUGGCUUCCCCGGGGGCCUGGCCAAUUUGGACCACUAUGGCAGGAAGAUUCUAGUCCUUUUUGCUGCCAACUGGGAUCAGAGCAGGUACACGCUGGUGGAUAUUUUGCGUGCCAUCUUGCUUUCUUUAGAAGCUAUGAUUGAAGAUCCGGAGCUCCAAGUGAAUGGGUUUGUUUUGAUCAUAGACUGGAGUAACUUCACCUUCAAGCAAGCCUCAAAACUGACCCCCAGCAUGCUGAGGUUAGCCAUUGAAGGCCUGCAGGAUAGUUUUCCAGCACGAUUCGGAGGAAUUCACUUUGUUAAUCAGCCGUGGUAUAUCCAUGCCCUGUACACCGUGAUCCGGCCUUUCCUUAAGGAGAAGACUCGGAAAAGGAUAUUUUUGCAUGGCAACAACUUGAACAGUCUACACCAACUAAUUCAUCCUGAGAUUCUGCCCUCUGAGUUUGGAGGCAUGCUGCCCCCUUACGACAUGGGGACAUGGGCGAGAACACUGUUAGACCAUGAGUAUGAUGAUGACAGCGAAUACAACGUGGACUCCUACAGCGUGCCUGUGAAGGAAGUAGAAAAGGAACUCUCCCCCAAGUCCAUGAAGAGAUCCCAGUCAGUAGUGGAUCCUACAGUUCUAAAACGCAUGGAUAAAAAUGAGGAAGAAAACCUGCAGCCUUUGCUUUCUCUGGACUAAUAACAUCGCCACACUCCUUUAUGGAUUAGAAAUGGAAGAUUCUGGUUUUCAGCAACAGGGACAGCACUGUGGAGGAAUUAUCAGCUGGAAACCGACUUAUUCAUGUUAAUGUAGCAUAAUAUAUAAUAAGGCAUCAGGCUUUCCUAUUUGCCUGAACCAUGGGUGCCCUGGGCUGGAUUUUAAAAAGUCAAUAAUUUAUUCUGUAAGUGCCAAGUUCUUUGUAAAUAUAAUGUAAUCUUCAUGUCAAGUUUGUAAAUUUUGGUAGUAAUUUAAUUUGGAAAGGAUUGGCUCAACAGUCUAUACCGGUGAUAUGAACU